GGCUAAGGUUAGAGGACACUUCUUAACAUGCCGUGGGAUUAAGAUACAAAAUGAUCACCUACAGCCAGGACACUUUUGACUUCAGCAGCAUUUGAAGGUGGGUCGGCUCCUCUGGGAGUAACAGUGGACUACAGUUCCCACAUUCCUCAGAUAGGAUGUUUCUGUGGGCAGGAAGUAAAGCAGGAGUUGGAAGAAAUGACGGCAGAUCCAUCUACCAUAAGGCUCGUGAAUAUGAGGUCCUGGACAAGAGGAAGACAGUGACAGCUCUGAGGGCAGGAGAGGACAGAGCCAUCCUGCUGGGCCUCAGCAUGGUCGUCUUCUCUGUCAUGAUGUACUUUGUCCUGGGAAUCACCAUACUGCGCUCUUACUCUGACCGUGUGUGGACAGACGAGACUAUCUGCACUAUCCUGAACUCCACCAUCAUGUGUGAAGUAAACUGUUCAUACAGCUGUGGAGCAGAGUGCUGGAAGAGAUCCCGUUACCCCUGUCUCCAGGUCUUCGUGAACGUAAACUCCUCUGGAAAGGUGCUACGACUGUUGCACAACGAGGAGACGCAGGACAGCAAUCCAGAGUGCUUCUACAUCCCAAAGUGCCUGAAGGACUUUACAGCCACGCAUGUCAUAGUUCAGAACAUUUCUGAGCGUCUCAAGUCUCAGCACACAGUUCAGUGUUUCGUGGACCCUACAGACAGAAUGGACAGUGCCAUCCUGACACAGAUCUACGGUCGGGUUGCCGUCUUCCACUCCCUGUUCUGGCCUACUUGCACCUUGAUUGGAGGAACCGCCAUCAUUGCCAUGGUGAAGCUGACCCAAUCCCUGUCAAUUACGUGCGAGCGACUAAGCCACAUUAAGAGGUGAAGGGUAGGAAGGCCAUAAAUUCAAAAGAAAGUUCCCAUUAUAUGGACAUGGGGACAAUUGAAGCAGCAUCAAAAGACCAGACUGAAAGACAAAGAGGAGGAAAUCUGCUGGGAUGUUGGGAUUCAAAGACAUGCAUCAGUGCAUCUAAAAGCUGCUAGAAAGUGAUAUUUUUUUUAACUUAUUCUGCAUUCUAAAGCUUUACAAAGCUAUUGUUAAAGGAAUUGUUCAACACAAAAUAUGUUUAUGUGCUUUCUUGCCGAGAGAUAAUAAGAUUGAUAUCACUGGUGUCUAUUCAUCAGAUAUGAAGCUGCAACUGAUUAGCUUAGCACAAAAAUACAAAAUCUGCUUACCAGCACCUUUAAAGCUCAUUAAUUAUAGUUAUACUGUGUUUGUUUAAGAAAGGCUGGCUAGCUCCCCCUGUAAAAUGUCACACUAUUUCUUUAAAGUCAGAUCUUAAACGGUAGCUUCCAAAAAAGUUCACUUUUGGCUACCUGGCUCCCCGUGUAGUAAGUACUUUACUGUACCUGUGUUUUAGGAUGAGAAAUCCUUAAACACAUAUCUGCAUAUGAAUGCAGAAUCUGUAGGCAAGGGUACAAGAUUUUGGAAUCGGAAAUGUUCAGGUUUCCGUUAAUAGUCCAAGUAGUAUUGAUCAAUCAUGUUUGAGUGGACUUUGGUUGAAUACAGGUAAAAAAGAAAAGGGAGGUAACGAAUCCCAUUUUGUACGACUGGGCUGAGCAGAAAAGGCAUUCUCACUGCCUCACUUCACAA